CUAUGAGAGUCGCUCGAAAGCCUAAGAUCAUGAAAAUCGUCUACCAAAAUGUGAUCUGGUGGGUGUUUUUCGCCUUCUACAACUACCUUUCCCUGGCGCAGGACGAGCCCCUGACCGUGGACGUGGUCGGUUUCUUCGACGAGAAAAAUGGCUUGUCAGAAAUCGCCUUCCAGACGGCGAUUUCCAAUCUCAACAUCAUGAAAAACUCGAUUCGCUUCAACCCCUUGUCCACUGUGGUCAACACGAGCGAUAGUUUCGAGAACAGCAAGUUUUUGUGCGAAACCGCCGAAGCGGGCAAAGUAGGCGGCGUUUUCUGCGCCACUUCGGCAAAAAUAGCACCAAUAAUUGAAUCGGUCAGUGACAAUUUGAAUAUUCCCGCCGUUCAAGUGGCCUGGAGGCCUUCGGCCACCUACACGGACAUGCUAGUCAACGUGUACCCGCUCCCCAAGUUACUCUUCCAAGGACUUGGGGCCAUAGUCAGGAACCUGCAAUGGAGAAGCGUUGUCGUGUUUUACGAAUCGGCGGAGAAUUUAAUCCCGCUCCAGGAUGUUCUUAAAACGCAGGAUUACAACGGCGGCAACAAAUACAACUCUUUGAUGCUCAAAGAGCUGGGGCCGGGGCCUGACUAUAGGUCGGCGUUAAAGCAAAUCCAAAAUAAGAGCGAGUAUCGAAUUAUACUUGACUGCAAAACGGAGAAUAUUGUCACAAUUCUGCGGCAAGCCAAAGAAUUGAAGUUGUUAGAGCCGCACUUUAGUUACUUUCUAACUUCUUUGGAUGCGCAUACGGUGGAUUUCAAACUUUUGAAUACCACGGCAAACAUCACAACGGUUCGGAUUUUUGAUCCGGCAAGUGAUAAUUUUCAGUACGCGAUCAGUAACUGGAAUAAUUAUGUGAAGAAAAUGAAUAUUCCUGGGGUUAAUUUGGAUCCAUACUCCGUCAAGACCGAGACGGCUUUGAUGCACGACGCCGUCCACAUGUUUUUAAAAUGUAUCACCGACCUGCAUGCCACAGGAAAAUCAGUAAAGCCGACGAAAUUGAGCUGUGAAAAUGUGGAUAAAUGGACGCCUGGUUUCGACAUUGCUUCAUUUAUUAAAGCGUACACUCACGACACGGAUGGUUUAUACAGCACAACGGCCCCUAUAAGUUUCGAUAAUUUAGGCCGUAGGACGAAUUUUAGCAUUUUCGUGGUCGAGGGCAAUCGAGACGACGUUGUGGCCAAAUGGAACCCUUCAGACCCCGAAGUUUUGCAAUUUUUGAAAAGCGAGGAGGAUCGGAAUAAGGAACUGGAGAGGAAAUGGAGCGAAGGAAUUGUCACGGUUGCUUCAAUAAUUGGCCCACCUUACCUCAUGGUGAAGGAGCAAAAGUCGGAGACUGAUCUCCUGGAAGGCAACAACCGCUACGAGGGUUUUUCAAUGGACUUGAUAGCCUUACUGGCCAAAGAUCUCAAUAUCAAAUUUAGGUUUGAAGUGCUCAAGAGUGGGCAACGAGGGGCCUAUGACAAGACGACCAAAUCCUGGAACGGCCUAAUUCGCGAGAUUUUAGACCGAAGGGCCGAAUUGGCCAUUUGUGACCUGACCAUCACCCCAGAUCGGAGGGAAGUUGUUGAUUUUAGCACACCUUUCAUGCGUUUGGGGAUCAGUAUUUUGUACAGGAAAGCGGAAGCUAAAGAGGCGGACAUGUACGCCUUUUUGGACCCUUUCUCACUGAAAUUGUGGAUGUAUUCAGCCACCCUGUACCUUGCCUUAACCGUCGUAUUGUUUUUCAUUUCGAGGAUUUCGCCCCAAGACUGGGAAAACCCGCACCCCUGCGAACAAGAACCAGAAGAGCUUGAAAACAUCUGGGACAUGAAGAACUGUCUUUGGCUCACUCUUGGCUCAAUAAUGAACCAAGGCUGUGACAUUCUCCCAAAGGGCAUGGCACCUCGACUGGCCGCCUCAAUGUGGUGGUUUUUCACCAUAAUCGUGACCAACUCCUACAUGGCAAACCUGGCUGCAUUUUUGACAAACGAGCGGAGCCAAUCGGAGAUAAACAGUGCCGAGGACUUAGCCAAACAAACUAAAAUAAAAUACGGGACUCUGGACGGUGGUUCCACGCAAGGUUUUUUCAGGGAGUCAAACUAUUCGCUCUAUCAGCGCAUGUGGACUGCCAUGGAACAAGCCAAACCGUCCGUUUUUGAGCAAAGUAACGACGCUGGAGUUGCUCGAGUCCAGAACGAGAAAAACCGACUUUAUGCCUUUCUGAUGGAAUCCUCAACGCUUGAGUACCAAAUCCAGACCAAAUGCGACUUGAAACAAGUUGGGAACUGGCUAGACAGCAAGGGAUAUGGAAUCGCAAUGCCCUUGGAUUAUCCGCACCGGAGUCGCAUUAACGAAGCUUUGCUCAGAUUGCAAGAACAGGGCGAGAUCAACAGACUGAAGGACAAGUGGUGGAAGGAGGAACGCAAAGACCCCCUCUGUCCGAAAGAAUCUGAGGACCAAGACGCCAACAAACUGGCCCUACAGAACGUCGGUGGUGUCUUUAUAGUCUUGGGAGUGGGAGUAGCUCUGGCAUACAUUGUGGCAGUUUUGGAAUUUCUGUGGAACGUUCGGAGCGUUUCAGUCGAUGAACACAUUUCGUACAUGCAAGCCCUCAAAGUCGAGCUUUUGUUCGCACUAGACGUCCGGAAGACGAAAAAACGGGCCAAACCCGAAGUGCCCGAAUCGUCCUCGUCUUCACGGUCGCCAAGUAUGGCCCGAAGUUUCCUACAAAGCGCUGGAUCGUUCCUCAGACUCGAUAAAAUGAAUCAGAUGGAAACGCCCGGCUCUAGCAGACACACCUCCAGGCCUUUGGAGUAACUUAGUUAUUUUUGUGCAGUGGCGGAAAUAAAAAUAGGUUUUAAAA